AUGGGACGGCGGGGCAGGCAAAAAGGUCUACUACCACCACUACCACCACUACCACCACUACACCACUACCGCCACUACCCCCACUACCACCACUACCACCACUACCACCACUACCACCACUACCACCACUACCACCACUACCACCACUACCACUACCACUACCACUACCACUACCACUACCAGGUCAAAAACUGGAAACUUCUUGACGAGGAGACCGCAAGCCUCCAUAACUAUAUAUCAUUCGCAAUCGAGGUUCAACACAAAACGGGAACUCAAAAACAAGCCCUGACACCGGGAAAACUCGACCAAGAAAUACUAAGACAAAGGUUAGCAACAGUGGGUAACGAUAACGAAACCAAAUAUGCUCCUGAAGAAUGCACCCUUCUUCUGCAAAAUGCCUGCACAGAUGCAACACCCCGUGAACUCAGAAAAGCCUCACUCACAGAAAGAAGGAAAUACACCAGACAACUCAGCAAAGAAAAACAGGAGGCUGAAAUAUCCAAAGAGGCCUAUAAAAGAGCAAAAAAGCAGCUCAGAAACAAGAUACAAAAAGAAAAGAGAAGAUGCUGGCAGGAACUGUUAAAAAACAUAGACAAUGAUCCAUGGGGAGAUGCGUACCAGAAAGUGAUAAAAAUGAUGAGAGUCCCAAUCUUUAGGGUGGACUUAACGGAAGAAAAAAAGCUGGAGGUGGCUAAAUCUUUACCCCAGACACCCGCUGAGAAGCCUAAACCUUGA